GCGUAGUUCCAUCUCCCCUAUAUAAACCCCCCAAUUUCCCAUACAAUCAAAAAACCAAUCCCUAUACCAAAAACCCACAAUGAUUCUUUCGCUGGUUGCUCCCCUUUUGCUUGCUCCGUUCGCCGCCGCCGCUCCUCAGAUCUUCGCCACCGCGUCUGGUCCCGACUCUUUGGCUCCUACCACUGCCUCGACUGUCUCCCCUCAGCCUUCCCAGACCGCGUCUGACUGUGUCAACUGCGUCACCGUCACCCCUUCCAACUCAUGGGCUACUGAGGCUGCUACCUCCCAGCUCUCUGCUGCUUUGGCUUCUGCUUCCACCUACUCUUCCGCUUGGUGGACCCCUGGAUCUUACGUUCCCGUCCCUACCGGCAGCGCUCUCUACGCUCCUCAGGUCUCUGCUCCAGGACCCAACGCUUGCAACAACUCUGGCGCCGAGUUCCCUGCUCCUCCUCCCCCUCCCGGAGGCUUGAACACCAACUCUACCCCUCCCAUCUACCACCCUUACUCUGAUGUCCACGGCUUCGACUGGCAGUCCAUGAACUUGGCCUUGAACCAGGAGUGGAUCGAAUUGGACCUCUUCCACCACGGUUUGGCCAUGUUCUCCGACGAGGAGUUCGAGGCCGCCGGGUUGAAUGCUGCCGACCGCUACUUGCUCGAGUUCAUGGCUGACCAGGAGGUCGGUCACGCUACCCUCCUCUCCAACAUCCUCGGUCCUCGCGCUGCCAAGCAGUGCGUCUACCGCUACCCCUUCCACACCGUCGAGGAGUUCAUCGACUUCUCUCAGCGUCUCACCAAGUGGGGUGAGUCUGGCGUCUACGGUUUCCUCGAGCACCUCGAGUCCCGCGCUGCCGCUCAGCUCCUCCUCCAGUCCAUCACCACAGAGGCUCGUCAGCAGAUGAUCUUCCGUCAGUUCGAGGGUCUCUUCCCCAUGCCCUUCUACUUUACCACCGGUAUUCCCCAGUCUUGGGCUUGGACUCUUCUCCAGCCUUACAUCGUUGAGUGUCCUCUCGAGAACCCUCACAUCGACUUUGCCAUCCACCCCACCUUGAACGUCUUGAACAACCCCAACGCUACCCUCUUCGGUGGUAACGCUUCCGUCUCCACCAACACCACCGCUUUGUCGUACCCUGGUCGCGAGGUUGUCUUCUCUUGGGAUGCUCCCGGAAAGGUCGCUGGUUACAACCAGUCCCAGGAGUUGUACCACACCACCGGUAACGCUACCUGCCCUCCUCGUUUCGCCGCUUGGGUUUCCCAGUUGAACACUACCUACACCCCUCUCUACGACGUCAACAUGACUUCCUUGACUGCUCGCACCCGCCAGCCCGGUGGUUACGUCUUCCCCAACACCACCGAUGCCAUCGUCAACGGCUCCGUCUUUGUCGUCUUGACUGACUCUGACCCUUACGUCACUCCUCACAACUUGACCAUGAUCGACCCCCACGUCGUUGCUGGUCCUGCCAUGUACGAGGCUUAAGCGUCAAGUCAACGUUAUAGACAAAGUAUGCAAGCGGACGAGCAUACGGCUGGUUUCUGUAUGAGUAUGAGUAUGAGUAUGAGUAAUGAGUGUACUUUGUACUGAUAGCGACGGCCUGUUUUUUCAUGGACUUCUUCGUGUUUGGAUAUUAAU